AAUACAUCAGUUUUGGUGAUGCAUAAGUUAGUUGGAUUACGAUGCUUUUUCGGCCGACUUAAAUUUGCGCCUUGAUACUGUUGCCCGGUCCUACCUGUGCGUCGGCUGCAGUUCGGUGACCUCCGCAUGGGGUCAAAUCCAAGUGGCUUUUACAAGAGAACGAGCCAUAAACUUUAUGCUCAUUUUAGAUAUUUUGUAGGUUGUACCAUGCAAUAUGAAUUUUUGAGUCGUCCGACCUCUUCACCCCUGUGUCCUUAACAGUGUAAAUCCUCAUAGUUGAAAAACUGUGUAAUGCUACCUUAUGCCUCAUAGGAUCUCACCUUUGACAUUUACCCAUAAUCCAUUUCGCUGCACAUGCGUACUCGGUAUGGUGAACCGAGCUAUGGUGUAAAUGACUCUUUUUAGCUGUCAUGAUGUUUUUCGGAAAAAAUAAUAUUUGGGUGGGAUUGGAUCCCAAACUGCGACGACAACUAGGGAAAUAAUUUAUUGCUGCCCAGGAAGGGUCAUUAAUAAACACGUUCACCGUUCCAAGUACGCAUGUGCGGUUACAGGACUUAUGGGUAAUAAAGGCUAAAGCCCUUGAGAAAGAAAAAAUAAACAAGAAACAAAACGAGACAAUGGUCGAGACGAGAACGAUUUACCUAUAAUUCCUAUUGGCGCACAUGAUCGUGCUGAUACUUACAAAAUGCUACUUCUAGUCUUUACUAGUUGUGUACAAAGACGAUUGAAAUCCCAGGAAAUAUUAAUAUUUAUAACUACUAUAUUUCAGGUGAAUCUCAGGUCACCAUCGUCAGCCGAGCAGAAUGGGGUGCGAGACCACCAAGGUCACGUGCCAACAUGACGUCACCUGUCCCCUAUGUCUUCAUCCACCAUAGCUACGAACCAGACGUGUGUUUCAACAGGUCCCAAUGUGAAGAAAGUGUACGUUGGAUACAGAAUCUCUACAUGGACACCAGAGGCUGGGAUGACAUCGGCUACAACUUCUUGGUCGGCGGGAACGGAGACGUGUUUGAAGGACGGGGGUGGGACACGAGGGGCGCCCAGGCGGGACCGGACUGGAACUACCGAUCCAUCGGAAUUUGUUUCAUCGGAAAUUUCACCGACGAGCUGCCCCCAGAGAAGGCCAUUAUUGCUGGCAAAAUGCUGAUUCAGCUUUCUGUUGAGAGGAACAAGUUGAUGUCUAACUACACUCUGUACGGACAUCGCCAAGUCCUGGCCACAGGCAGAACCUGCCCUGGAGAGGAGUUCUACAAGCUCGUCACCGAAUGGAAACACUGGGAAAACUACACAGGACCAUUGUGGUGACGUCAUCUUUGAUGCAUCCGCCAUUUUCAAGAUAUGCAUUUUAUCGUAGAACAUUUGACAUUCAAACAUUGGUUUAAUACAUUUUAUUUAUUGAUUGAUUGAUUGAUCUUUAGGGUAGUCCCUUCAGUUAACGUUGUAACUGAUUUCCAAGGGAGCCCUAUAACAAUAAUAAUAACUCAAGGUACAAAAAAAUAACUACUAACAAAGGAUUGAACAUAACAAAGUAAUAAUCCAAUUCGGAUUUGUAAAUCAUACAAGCAACUUAGGAAAACUCAAAAGAAAAGCAAAGAUCACAAACUCAUAGGGUCAUUGGGCGGUCAUUGCGGUAUACAUGUAUAAUGACUUUAUGCAUCUUGCACAAAAUGUCAUCUUAUAAUUAUUAUAAACAGUUAGUUUCCUGGCUUAUUCGGCUAAUUAUUAGUUGUAAC